UUAAAUAUGAACACGAGAUUCGUUCUUCAGAUCUCUGAAUGAUUACCAUUUACAUUUCUCCCCAGGAGUGGCAGCUUACUAGCGAACUAAAGCUUCAAGUUUGCUGCAUUUUUCAGACUUCCAGAUUUUGAAACUUGGGAUUUUAAUUUAUUUCUGGGCUCAAUUGACAUGGGAAAAUCUCCAGCAAAAUGGAUCAAGACCUUGCUUCUUGGGAAGAAAUCUUCAAAGUCCAAUUUCUCAAAAGGAAGAGAGAAGCUGAGUUCUGCAAAUAAAGGCGAGGUUUUGGUUUCUUCAAAGGUAACUGUAUCUGACCUAUCAGCGGAUUCUCCAUCAAUUUCAGCACCCAUUCCAGUGAGCAGCGCUUGGAUUGCGGUGGACUCUGAGAAGGGUAUACCUGCCCAAUUUCCAAAUGAUGGGGUAAAUACUCCAUCUCCAAUAGCGGAUGGAAAUGAUGCCACUGCUGGUGAUUCUGGAAACCCAGAAGAUCCUGAGAGGAUUAGGCUUAACCAAGCUGCUGCGACAGCACAGGCUGCUUUCAGAGGUUAUCUGGCUCGCCGGGCAUUUCGAACUCUCAAGGGCAUCAUAAGGCUGCAAGCACUUAUUCGUGGUCACUUGGUUAGAAGACAAACUGUUGCUACUUUAUGCUGUACAUGGGGAAUUGUUAAGUUGCAAGCACUAGCUCGUGGUCAAAAGGUCAGAUGUUCAAAUAUUGCCAUUGACGUACAGGAAAAACAUCGAAGACUGCUUCAGCAGGGCUCUAAAAGCGUGGACUCUGUCAGAGUGAGCACAUCUUCUAAGGUGAAGAACUUAUCAAAUAAUGUGUUUGUUCAAAAGCUUCUGGCCUCAUCACCUUCCGUAUUACCUCUACGGCUUCAGUAUGGUCCAGAGGAACCCAACUCAUCCUGGCAGUGGCUUCAACGAUGGACAAAGUCACGUUUCUGGGAAUCCACAUCAACACCAAGUAGGAGUGGAAAGACAAAGCGUAGUGUUCGGAAAGUUUCCAAUGCCAAAGUUGUCAAUGGAUGUAGUCAUUCUACCUUGGAGCACGAGAAAAACAAACGAAGACUGAGGAGAGUUUCUGGCAACUCAGCUGUUGAUUCAGUUCGGGAGCAUCCACAAAAUGAGCUUGGGAGGGUUAAGCGCAAUUUAAGAAAGCUUUCUGACCCUUCAAAGGAGGUUGCUGAUAAGUUUGAGGUUGUUAAUGAGAAAACAAAGAAGCCUCUGAAAAAAGCUUCCAGUUCUAAUAACCCUGAUGUUUCAGAACAGGAAUCUGCUGAGAAGAUGAGCAAUGUGACUGCAACAAUAUCAAAACUUUCAAAUCUUGAGGCAGAUCUGAAAUUGUCUUCAGAAGAUGCUUCUCUUAAUGAACCUAACGUCUGUCCUGCUGUUGAUUUGCCACCUGCUGAAAACAAUGGUAAAAUUGAGCACAUGUCAGUGACAGGGGAGUCGAACUCUAAGGAUGAGCAGGUCAGUGAUGAGGGCUCAAAAGCAAACCAAAGAAGAGCUUCUUUCCCUGCAAAAAUUAAUAACCAGACAAAUGGGUUUAAUAACAAUCCAAAAGUGCCCAGUUAUAUGGCACCAACUGAAUCUGUAAAAGCUAGACUUAAGGGGCAAGGUUCCCCAAGGUUUACCCAUGAGGUUGUUGAGAAAAAUGAGUUAAACAGGCGAUAUUCUCUGCCAUCUUCAACCAAUAGUAAUGCAAGUUCACUGUCCUCAAGUGCUCAAACACGGGUUCGAGUUGCUGGAAAAGGCGCUAUCUCCAGUGACAAAUCUCAAUCAUCCUCUAAAGAUGUUAAUGAUAAGGCGGUCAGAGCUGAGUGGAAGAGGUAAUUUUUGGGCAAAGAUUUGUUUCGUUGAAGUUCUCAUGGAGUUCAGUCAUAGAUGCAACUUAAUAGAAGUUCUGUUAUGUGUUUUCAUUUUGCACUUUGUAUUGCGGAUAUAGUGUGCUUGGCGUAUGCUUAAGUUUCCUUGGCACUUUCAGGAGUGUAGAUGGGUAAAUAUUUUUUUGAUGUUAUGGUUGGUUAUUUGGUUUAUUUUGGUUCUUUUCUGUUUGUAUGUAUAAUUUUUCGGAUCCCCGUUUCAUCCUUUUGUUCCAUUUAAUAUCGAGACAAAUAUAGUGUGCUGAUUUGCA